UCUCAAAGUAAAACUAUGAUAAUAUAAAAUGUUAAAUAUUCAAUUGUUAACAAUUCGAUGUUAAGUAUUCAGAUAAAUGUUAAGUACCUGAACAGGUAACACUGAGUCUAUGAAUAUUUUCAGUCAGUCCCUUAUUUAUAAGCACCUGUGAUUCUGUGGUUUAGAGUUUCAUCCUGCAUAAGGUUCAUUUAUGAGACAACAUCCACUAGGACUACAUCUGAUCAAAGUGAGCGUGAUAAUAGGUGUUGACGUAACACAUGCUUUGCUUUGUGUGAGAUAACUAUAUUAGGAUCAGCCUGGGGUACAAAAAGCAAUGCAGUUUAGAAAUAGGCAAUAUUUUGAUUACAGAUUAGAAAGAUAGCAAUGUUUUCAGCAAUAUAGUGCAAGUGUUUUGAAGUUUAGUAAAAUCUCAUUCUAGAAAGUCAGCGAUUGACUAAGAAAAAGUUCACUUAAGAAAUAUGAGCUAUUGAAACAAUGGUCUUAUUAUUUUAAGAACAUUGAGAAGCAAUAUACCAAGAUAAUAGAGUACAAUGUUUAAGAGCCAGACUGUGGGACUGGGCUGCCUGGGUUUGAAUCCCAGAUCUGUUACUACUAGAAAUUGACUAUGCUGAUCUCGGUCAUUUCACUUGCUGCUGUGGUCUGAAUGUUUGUGUCCUGGCAAAAUUCUUAUGUUGAUACUUAAUCCUCAAUGCAAUAGUAAUAAAACGUAUCCACCUUUUAUUACAUGACCCUUUAGGGGUCAUGAGGGUGGAACUCUUACGAAAGGGAUUAGUGUCCUUGUAAAAGAGACUUGAGGGAGCUUGUUCGCCCCUUCCAUCAUGUGAAGACACAUAGAAGUCACCAUCUAUGAGAAACAGGCCCUCAUCAGACACUGAAUCUACUGGUGCCUUGAUCUUAAACCUCCCAGCCUCUUGAACUAUGAGUGAUAAACUUAUGUUGUUUAUAAAUUACUCAGUCUAAGGUAUUCUUUAGAGCAGCCCCAAUGGACUAAGACACUUACUUUUACUAAUGCCUCAAUUUCCUCAAUCAUGUGAAACGGGAUAGUGCCAACUUCAGUAACUUGCUGAAGGUAAUAAAAACUUUGUAAGCACGAGGCACUUAGAAUUGUGUCUGACUCAUUACAACCCAUAUGUAAAUGCCAGGUAUUAUCAUGAGUGUCAAGAUACAAAAUUUCUCUGGCAUUGAGAGGAUCAGCUACAAUUGUUUUAGCCCUUCCAGGACAAAGAAAAUGGUUAAACAUUGUGGCACUAUUCUACUUCCUUUUUUGCUAAUUAUACAAAACCUGUUCUGAAAAGCACAUUUCAUCGCCUGCUCAGAGGCUCCAGUUGGCGGCGAAGAGUACAUCUCCUUUCAAAUAGCUGGAUUAGGUCCUCAUGCUGCUGUGGUCAUUGCUGGUCAUCUUUGCUGCAGUCACUGAACAGGCAGAUUUGCUGACCCUUGUGGCGCCCUCUUCUGUCUUCGAAGGAGACAGCAUAGUUCUGAAAUGCCAGGGAGAACAGAACUGGAAAAUUCAGAAGAUGGCUUACCACAAGGAUAACAAAGAGUUAUCUGUUUUCAAAAAAGUCUCAGAUUUCCUUAUCCAAAGUGCAGUUUUAAGUGACAGUGGUAACUAUUUCUGUAGUAUCAAAGAAAUCUUUUUCUGGAAUAAACGCUCAAAUAUAGUAAAGAUAAAAGUCCAAGAGCUCUUUCAACAUCCUGUGCUGACAGCCAGCUCCUUCCAGCCCAUCGAAGGGGGUCCAGUGAGCCUGAAAUGUGAGACCCAGCUCUCUCCACAGAGGUUGGAUGUUCAACUCCAGUUCUGCUUCUUCAGAGAAAAUCAGGUCCUGGGGUCAAGCUGGAGCAGCUCCCCGGAGCUCCAGAUUCCUGCCAUGUGGAGUGAAGACACGGGAUCUUACUGGUGUGAGGCAGAAACGGUGACUCACAGGAUCAGAAAACAGAGCCUCCAAUUCCAGAUUCACGUGCAAAGAAUCCCCAUCUCUAAAGUAAGCUUGGAGACCCGGGCCCCCGGGGGACAGGUGACUGAAGGACAAAAACUGAUCUUGCUCUGCUCAGUGACUGCGGGUACAGGAAAUGUCACAUUCUCCUGGUACAGAGAGGCCACAGGAACCAGUCUGGGAAUGAAAACCCAGCAUUCCCUGUCAGCAGAGCUGGAGAUCCCAGCUGUGAAGGAGAGUGAUGCCGGCAAAUAUUACUGUAGAGCUGACAACGGCCAUGAGUCUAUCCAGAGCAAAGUGGUGAAUAUCCCUGUGAGAAUUCCAGUGUCUCGCCCCGUCCUCACCCUCAGGUCUCCUGGGGCCCAGACUGCAGUGGGGGACCUGCUGGAGCUUCACUGUGAGGCCCUGAGAGGCUCUCCCCCAAUCCUGUACCGAUUUUAUCAUGAGGAUGUCACCCUGGGGAACAGCUCGGCCCCCUCUGGAGGAGGGGCCCCCUUCAACCUCUCUCUGACUGCAGAACAUUCUGGAAACUACUCCUGUGAGGCUGACAAUGGCCUGGGGGCCCAGCACAGUGAAGCAGUGCCAGUCUCCAUCUCAGGACCUGAUGGCCACAGAAGAGACCUCAUGACAGCCAGAGUUCUCUGGGGACUGUUUGGUGUCCUUGUUUUCAUUGGUGUUGCUUUGCUGUUGUAUUCCUUGUUCCACAAGAUAUCAGCCACCUUCUUUAUGAAAAGAGCAAUGACUCCUUGAAUUCUUGGAUCCAUGAUAUAGACCAUAAGAAGCCAUCUUUACCCACAUGUCUGGCCGUUGAUGCUGGCUAUAGUUUGCAGUUUCAGCUAAGAGUCAAUUAGAGCACGUAUAUGCAGCCUCUCAACAUGGCCUGGAUUUCCUCACAGCAUGAUGACCUUAAAGUAGUCAAACUUUUAACAUGUUGGUUCAGGCUCCAAAAAGCAAGUGUGAUAAGAAAGUCGCAACACAUUUAAUCAAUGAAUUCCAAAAAGUAUGAUGUUGUGUCACUUCUACGGCAAUUUUAUUAUGUCCUCGUGCUUCAAACUUGCCCAGGUAUCAGUGGAGAGGGCACAGACUUCAUCUCUAAAUGGGAGAAUGGUCAAAGAAUUUUAAAACAUAUUUUUAAAAUUUCCACAUAUAACACCAUGAGUUCGAAACUGCUGUGUCUCCAAACCCCAAAACACUGUCAAAAGCACAAGACUCUUGGUGUUCUCUCUGCAAUCAGUAAAUGCUCCAUGGAACAAAUGAUUUCAGAAGUUAGGUUUUUCUCCCUGCGCCCCUCUCCAUCUUUUGUUGAAGAUUUUUGUGGUUGGCCUGUAGUUUUCUUUUUUGAUUGUAUUCAUGUCUGAUUUUGGUAUCAGGGUAAUUCUAUCCUUGUAGAAUGGGUUAGAGAGAAUUCCCCUGUCUUCAAUUUUUUUGGAAUGAUUUGAGGAGGAUUUGUAUUAAUUCUUUAUACAUUUGGUAGAAUUUGGCAGUAAAUCCAUCCAGUCCUCGACUUUUCUUUGUUAGAAAGCUGAUUAUUAAUGGUUCAAUCUUGCCACUCAUUAUUGGUUUACUCAGG